AUGACUAGUGAAGGAUUAAGUACCACAACUACUAUUCUUAAUGGUGCAAGCAGCACCGUUGCAGCUGUCACCGCAAUCACACAGUUUCAGGAGCAAUUGAAGGGUAAAGAUUUAGCGCAUGCACUUACCGAUUUCCCGUAUUAUCCACCGCUCGAUGCAUCUGUAUCCAAUAGUUUACGACCGAUCGGUGAUUCUUCUGAUGGUGCAUUUAAAAAAAUUAAAGCAGAAAGCAGUAGUUGCAGUGCAUCAUCUGUUUUUGCAAGCGCUCUUUCAGCUGGUUCUCAAAUACCUGCCAGCGUACGAAGACGACAUCGUACGACAUUCACGCAAGAACAGCUAGCAGAGCUUGAUGCUGCAUUUCAGAAAUCACACUAUCCUGAUAUUUAUGUCCGUGAGGAACUUGCUAGGAUUACAAAGUUAAAUGAAGCACGAAUUCAGGUAUGGUUUCAAAAUAGGCGUGCAAAGCAUCGUAAACAAGAAAAGCAACUAUCAAAAGCUUUGGUACCACAAACGGUAUUUCCAUCACAAAGUGCUACAGGUCAAAUAAUGCGAACACCAAUGUAUCCAUCUACUGCCGCAAUGUCUGCUAGAGCUGCUGCUGAUCCUUUCUGGUAUCAGCCAUAUCCUGUAGCUCAUCCAAUGACCUAUCCAGCAGCUUCUGCUUAUGGAGCUGUAUCAAGUGCUCAUACAUUUGGCGCACCAAUGACAACGACUGAUCCAGCAGAGGAUUUCUAUCAAAAAAGUUUGGCACUACGGGUUAGCUGCCAACCACCAACGACAAAUAUUCAAUAUCAAAGUUAA